AUGACCCUCGAGGAUUUCGAACGCGAACUCGCAGCAAACAAGGCAGAGGAGCCACCCAAGAAGCGCCAUCGUAGCCGUAGCAGAGAACGGCGCCAUCACCGCUCCGAAGACAAGGACCAGAGACAUCACCACCACCAUCAUCGUACCUCCCACCAUCACAGUUCUCGGGACAAAGACGAUGAUUCACACCGCCGGCACAAGCGCUCUCGGCGCGAGAGGGACGACGACGACCGUGAGGACCACCAUCGCUCGUCGCGACGCCGGCACCGUAGCUCUGAUCGCUCCCGGUCGCCCAUCGUAGACGAGGAAGACCAAGACUUUGUCGAGAAGGGUACUAUGGACGCCCCUCCCGGAGAAGAAAUUCUGGACAAGCGCCUAGCCGAUGCGCAAGACAAUCAGCUGAAGCGCGAUUCUUGGAUGGAGGCGCCGUCAGCGAUAGACGUGGACUAUGUGCAGAGGAGGAAGGAGCCCGAGCCAGACAAGACCAAAGCUACACAGAAGGAUUACCAGCUGAAGAUCCAUGACAAGGAGAUCAACUCUCAUCUACGCGACUUGCAGGAAGGGAAAGAGACCAGCGCGCUUGCGGACGAACCGGCGCAGCAUGAAGUCCGCUACACAUUCGGGGAUGCAGGGUCACAAUGGCGUAUGACGAAGCUCAAGGCUGUGUAUCGUCAAGCGAAAGAGACAGGCAAAUCGGUUGAGGAGAUUGCUCUGGAGAGAUUCGGCGACCUGCGCGAUUUUGAUGAUGCACGGGAAGAAGAGAUUGAGCUUGACCGGCGCGACAGGUACGGCAAGGACUACGUUGGAAAGGAGAAGCCCAGCGGAGAGCUGUUCCAGGAGCGAAAAAUGGCCGCCGGUGUGCGGAGGGGUUCUGAGCAUGAACGGGCUGUUCCCGACCUGCCGCCACAAGGCCAAAUCAUGGAAGAGAAGAACCCUCCAGCAAGGACGACCGUCCUUGACCAGACGGCAUUGAACAAGCUUAGGGCGCAGAUGAUGAAGGCGAAGAUGAGGGGUGCUCCAAAAGCAGCGAAGCUCGAGGCCGAGUACAACGACGCCAUGGCCGGCGCUGCCAACCGCAAGGAGCCGGAAGUUGUCGUUUUGGGUGCCAUGGAGAACCGCAUGCUCGCAAAUCGGAAGGGCGAGGUCAACGAGAUUGACAACAAGCGAGGCAGGGAGCGGGGCCUGGUAGAGGAGAACGAGGACAUGAGCAUUGAUGACAUGGUACGACAAGAACGGAGGACCAGGGGUCAAGGCAACGAAGGCCUUUUGCUGGCAGAGCGCAUCGCGAAGGAUGCGAAAUUCGACAACGACCUCGAUUACAUUGACGAAAACGCCAGCAGGCUGGCCAAGCGCGCUCCCAAGUCGACAGUCAACCUGCGGAAUACGGCAAUCAGCGACUUCCACAAGAUGAACAGAAUCCUUGAUAGCUGCCCCCUAUGUCACCACGAGGAUACGAAUACCCCGCCUGUUGCACCCACAGUAUCGCUGGCCACUAGAGUAUAUAUGACUCUUCCGACCGAGCCAGAGAUUAGCGAGGGUGGCGCUUGCAUUGUACCAGUUCAACACCGGAAGAAUCUACUCGAAUGCGACGACGACGAAUGGGAGGAAAUUCGAAACUUCAUGAAAUGCCUAAUCCGGAUGUACCACGACCAAGGGCGGUCAGUCAUCUUCUACGAAAACGCGGCAGCUCCUCAUCGGCACCUGCACGCAGCGAUGAUGGCGGUCCCGAUCCCCUACAGCCUCGGCGACACGGCGCCGGCCUUCUUCCGCGAGGCGAUUCUCACGUCGGACGAGGAGUGGAGCCAGCACAAGAAGGUCAUCGACACGGGCAAGGCGGCGCGCGAGGGCAUGGGCAAGCUGGCCUUCCGCCGCAGCAUCGCGAAGGAGAUGCCGUAUUUCCACGCGUGGUUCGAGAUGGACGGCGGGCUGGGCCACGUCGUCGAGGACGAGAGACGCUGGCCCAAGGGAGACUUGUUUGCGAGAGAGGUUAUUGGCGGGAUGGUGGAUGCGGGGCCCGACGUCAUUAAGAGGCAGGGCCGGUGGCAUAGGUCUGAUCGUAGGGUCGAGGGGUUUAGGAAGGCUUGGAAGAAGUUUGACUGGACGAGGGUGUUGACUGAUGCGCAGUAG